CCAUGCAGGCUGGGAUACUGGAGGCCCGUGUCGACAGCAUCAGCAAAAACCUAUGCCUUGGACGGUCGUUAGCGUACAGAAGGGUGAAUUUGCAGUGAAUUUGUAUUGCAUGACUUGCAUUUAAGUACUUAAAAGAGAAGUGCGCUAGGUAUUAGACACACGAGCCCAAGCAUCCCACAUAGCGUGAAGGGCUGUUCGUCGCGUGGUGGCGCUUGCAGGACCGAAAGAAGUGGUCUUGCGGGGGCGAGCCUCAACGGGCUGUGUAGCGCGUAUUUAGCGACCAGAGAAGGUGGUGGAUCGGGUGGCUCUUACUCUUCUGCGCGUCUGCCUGAGAAGUUCCUCUCCGGAAUUGUCGAAAGGGAGGGCGACGGGUGAACACAGGAGCACUAGUUCAACAUGUAUGCUCUCACGAGUUGUGGUUGGCUCGGCUUGGACUUGGAUAUCUGGGAGCAGCCUCGGGUGGAAGGGGAGGCACGAUUCGGCCGCGGACGCUAGCUUGCUGCACCUGCUGUGCUCUGCUCACAACUCCCCAGGCGUGUUUUUGCCUCCGGAGCGAGGCCGUUUCGACGUGGCCCCCAGGGCAGGAAUUCCCUUGGUGAAUUUUGGGGCUUUUUGUUUUGGCGACACUUUUUUGAAGCCCCAAAACCCGAAGUUUCUCGUGCGUUAGCGAAUUUUGAAUAGGCACCUCGGGCCAAAAUUCGCCCACGGUUUUUUCAAAAUUCACCCCAAAAUUCACCGGGCCCGCCUUUUCGACCGUGAUAAGCAAACUUUAGCGCAGAAAAGUGCUCAAGGAAGUCAGCAAAUAGGCCCUGGGAAGUGGGGCCGAGGGGGAAAGACAAGCGCCCUCUGCUGCCCUCAGCCCGGCUAUAUUCUGCCGAAAAGGUCGGGAGGGGGAGAGUUCACGCGCCUGCCGGAUAGACGCGUCAAAGCUCUCGGCCUGGUCCUUUACCCUUGCCUCCGCGCCUUCUUGCCUAAUUGCAUUUGCUUCGCAGCACUUGCUUUUUGGCGUCUUUGCCGCGGCUGCUGCAGUACUCUUGUGCGAGCUCAGGGAGACGAAUAGACAUGGCCAAAGAACGGCACCCAGGCCAUGUCUAGAAGCUGCCCGCCGCAUAAGCCUUGACUUUUGCGGUGUCUGUGCAGAACCCACUUCCCAGAACAGGGCCAAGAGGGACAAUGUCCCGGCGGACUCAUCUGCAAUUUGUCACGCAAAAUUCACUAGAGAUUCACCACGUCUCAUGCUAACGCGUGUUAAAGCUCUAGGCAAAAACGUUACGUCUGGUGGCAGCGGAUAUUAGAAAUGAUUUGCUUGUCAUUCUGAAAGCACGGCUGUGCUUGACACAACAUCAAAAAUUUGAGUUCGUCCGUUUGCUCUCCUGGGUACACAGACACGGUGUUCUGAAGCACCAUUUUUGCGCGGUUGAUGUCCGAAUUUAAUUUCUGAACUUAUAGUUCGCCUAGCAGUCUUUUGCUGGGACGGAAAGGAUCCUCGUCGGUCAC